UUUCAAUCUCUCUCUCUCUAUAGAAACCUUCCCUUUAUAAGCUCAAAAACCAAAUUGCAUCAAAUAUAUCACAUCUAAAAUUCAACCCACAAUCCUUAUAAUUUUUUGAGAAAUCCUUCAUUAGUAAUUUGAACAACUGACUUUUUCAAUCUUUUUGACCUUAGUUUCGUAGAAGCAACUCAGGAAGAUUGAAAAAUAGCAUUUUAAUUUGUUCUCAAUAGUGACGAGAUUAAUGGAUUCUUCGUCCUUUUCAUCAUACUCAUACUCACAGUAUCAUCAUCUUGGUUUCAAUGAGAAUGACACUGAGGACAUGCUUCUUCUCAAUGUGCUAUCGGAAGCCGGGGAAAAUUCAUCUAAUAAUCUCCAUGUGGAUCAAGAGAUCAAUGAAGGGUCACUAAAAGAAGUGGCUAGUUAUAGAGGUGUAAGAAGGAGGCCAUGGGGGAAAUACGCGGCGGAAAUAAGGGAUUCAACUAGAAAUAGCGUUAGGGUUUGGUUAGGAACAUUCGACACUGCUGAAGAAGCAGCAUUGGCUUAUGACCAAGCUGCGUACGCAUUGCAUGGGACAAUGGCGGUGCUAAAUUAUCCUAUGGAGAUUGUAUAUCGAUCGUUAAUGGAGAUGGAAUGCAGAUUUGAAGAAGGAUGUUCACCUGUUUUGGCUUUAAAGAAAUGGCAUUCUAGGAUGAAAAAGACUAAUAAGAAGAAGGAGCAAAAAGAAAUGAGCUUUGAAAAUGUGUUGGUUUUAGAGGAUUUAGGUGCUGAUUACUUGGAGGAAAUUUUGAGGUUGUCUGAAGGUUGUUGUGAUCCCUCAAUCUCUUGCUAGCAUUUGAACUAACAUACAUGCUAAGGCGUGUUCUGGAUUUGAAUUUUAUCGGUUCUGAAUUUUAAGCAAACAAUCUCAAGUAUUAGAAACUAGCUUCUGGAUUUAAUGUUUAUACAUAUUUGAUAAAUUUCUUAACAAAUGAUAAAUAUAUACAAGAUUUGAAACAAAGCUAUUGUGUUCUGACGAAAAACCAUAGGUUAAAGUCUACCUCCGCGGGCUUUACAUGUAUGCAGAAGUAUACAUGUUUUCUCCUUGAUUACGUACUAACAAAUCUUUAAAUUUUCUUUUUCUUCUCGUUCUAUUCAUCAUAGUCAUCAACGUGUAUGUUUUCUUUGAUAAUACUGAUAUUAAAUCCCGAGGCAAUUAUGAAAAGGUUUCACUAUGUAUCUUGAUCUUGUUCUUUUUUGUUGUUUAAAACUUUAUGUUCUCCUAAUGUAAGGGAGAGGAGUACUCCUGCUCUGUGAAAUAUUUAGACUUUGCUCCAUCCUAGUUUUGAUCAACCAGUCUCUAUUAUUCUUGAAAGUAUUUAAGGUAUUCUUCACUAUGACUAAAGAUUCUGUAUACUC